AUGGUUGAAUCCAUUCAGUAUCGUAAAGUGUCCAGCAGUUUUCAAUCUACACUACGGCAAGACGUCAACAAGAUUAAAUCGUCGGAGAAAGUCGUAGCCUUUGCGGACAAAACAAGAAAUUUGUAUGAAAUGGAAAAAGAUCAAUACGAAAAGCUAUUGCGAGAGAACAUCACGAAAUGCUACAAGAAGACCGAAGAUUCACCUGUAAAGGAAAUCGCCCAAGAGCUAUCGA